AUGGACAUGAUUAUGGCAAUAAUCAUGUCGCCCCUUGUCAUUAAUGAGGAACUAUUUGAUGGAUCCUUGACCAAGGAGAUAGGGAUAAAGAGACAGAAUUUGGGGAUCACUUUGCAACUAAAACUACUCCUUUACAGUGACCUUGGGAUCCAAUUCAUUCUUUUACAUGCAUGGACAGUUUUCCUGAAAGAAAAGUGUCAGACAAGUAAUUCUACUCCCAUGUCCAAGUCAUCGGAAUCACUUAUCAGGAUUGAUGCAAUAUCUGUAGACCUUGCUCAUGACAUGGAGAAGCAUCAUGAAGCAAGAAAGUGCGAGCAUUUUUCUUUACGUGAAUAUGCUGCUGAAAUGCGGAAAAAGGAUAUGUGUAUUUCUUUCCCAUUUCAUUUUCCUGAAAACCGGAAUUCAUUGGAGGAGCAGAUAGAAAAUCUGCUUCCUCCUUUAGAGGUUUGCAAAUUCAAAUUGUGGAGCUGCCAAAGUUGCCUACAGGAAACUGGUGCUACUGCAGAAGAAAUUGCAAUGGCUGCUGAGCUGGACAAUCAUGACAAAAGGAAAAUGGAUGUCAACGCCUCUACCUAUCCGAAUAAAGAUAAAAGUUCUCUGUUAUCACGUGCUCACAAAAAAGACAAUAAGCAUGAAGUUGGGCAUGCAGCUGUCAUUGGUCAUGAGAAUGUUGCAGGAAACGAUGUGAAUCUGGAAAAUUACAGUCCAACCUGUAACAUAGCACAAUCAAAUUUAUGCUUGAUUAAGGAAAGACAUUCAGGCAGGCAAGCUGCAUUUGGAUCAAAAAACAGUGGCUUGCUGGAAUGCCGUGGGUGCUACAAAAGUCAUGCAACUUGUGAUAUAAAAAACCUUGAUUACAUUGGUGGCGGUUGUGCUGAAAUGCAUAAGAUGGAAACACUGACUUCUGUGGAUGGUGAGCAGAGAAUUGUGUCAAGGGCCACUGAUAGCCCAAAGGUGGUUGGCAGUAUUAAUGAGGGUAUAAAUUUUAUGAAGGGGAAUAUGACCACACUUCCUUCCCUUCACCUGGAAGAGCAUGAUAAUCUGUCAUCUGAAAGCAAUGAAAUCUUGGGUUUUCAUAGUGAUCUUGAUCAGCCAAUGAAUGAUUCAAUUGGUUUGGUACGUCAAAAAAAUCAAAAAGUACGUCUGCUGACUGAAUUGUUAGGCUCAGAAGGGAAUGCAGAAAAUGAUUGCAUCAGAAGGGAACAUGCUUCUUCCAGUGUAAUGCCCAACACAUCUGCUGGGUUAGAUUCAAGUUCUGCUCUUCAUGGUCAUAUUGCUGUCCAAGGAAGUGUUAAGAAGCAUUUUGGGGGGUCCAAAAGGAAAAAGAAAGGCCCUUCAAGACAAAGACUGCAAAAACAUGGAACUGAUCUAUCCAACCAAGAAGAUCCUUCUGUUGGAGUUGAUCUGCAAGCAGCUUUAAAAACUCAACGGAAUCAAUGUAGAAUAGACAGAAAUCCUGUUACAAGUAAAAAGAAGAAGCAAAAUCGACUUGAGAGUAGAUGUCCUCCCUUAAUGACUCAACAAGAGAUUGUGCACAAGACAAAUCAAGUCAAAAUUGGAGAUGCGCCGAAACAUUGUACAGCUGCAACUGGUGGUCGUGGUUUUACCAAAUCAGCAAGCAAUGCAUUCAUCAACAGAAGAAUGGAACCAUAUUUUCUGGGACCUCUAUGGGAUAGAUCCAUUACUGCCCCAGCAGAAGGGCACUUUGAGAGAAGAUCGUCCCAAGGGAAAGGUGUUGUUAUGAAUGGUGGAGAGUCAAGUGUCUCUCAUAGAGCUGCUGCAGAUGUAUUUUCCAGGAGAGGAUUACUCUGUGAUCCCAAUGCAGAAAUUGCUACCAAUAGAGUGUCCUCUCUAUGUGAGAUCCAAAACAUUGUUCCUCAGUUUGAAAAUGGGGUCUUUUCUUGUCAUCAGAAAUUGGACUUCUCUGGUGCUUGCAACAGUGAAAAUAUACCUGAAGUUCAAGAACAAGGAAAUGAUGAUAUCCCGAUGGAAAUAGUUGAACUCAUGGCAAGAAAUCAGUAUGAAAGGUGUUGCCAUGAGGCAGAAAGAAAUUAUUUCUUUGCCCAAAGAACCAAUGACAAAGGAACUCUGAGGUAAUGGGUUUUCCUAGAGUGUAUGGCAAUAGAGUGCUUAAAUCAUUGCCGGAGGAAGACCAGUGCUCAAGGAAAACUCUACUUGGGAAGGGUAUACUUACAACAUGUGAGAUUGUUGGAUCCAGAAGAAGAAAAUCCCAUUAACUGUUUGUCUGAGGUCCAUGGGAAUGAUUUCAAUUUGAGGCCACCUGAUGGGAAUUCUGCUUUUGCAAGAUUCAAUAUGUUUUCGCAGUGCCAAGAUAUGCAGUCAGGUGGAGGUAAAAAAUCUGAUUCUGGUUCCAACAGAAAUGGAAACCAUCAAAAUUGCAAAUCAAUAGGUGAUAAGAUGUCAAGCAGGUUUGGUUCCAACAAAAUGCCAGUCUUUGAAGUCCAUAACUCAUUCCAGAGUGGAUCACGACAGAAUGUAGAACCAGAGCAUGUUAGGUCCUCUUUAAUAUCGCAACACAUAUCUUUUGGACUUAAUAUUCCUCCAAAAUAUGCAAAUCAAUUGAGCAACUUUGAAAUGCGCUCACAACUCCCUGGAGCACUGCAUGAAAGGAGAAUGACUAGGGACCUUGAUCUUAACUUUACAAAUCUGGAAGCCAGUAACAUUGAGAAACAGAAAAGGAAAUCUGAUUCGGAAUCUUUCAGUAGGUCCUCUGCCGAAUAUCCAUACGUUGGGAAGCAAAGAGGAAUUGAUCUUAAUGCAAAGGUGCCAGGAUCUCUAGAUCUACACUCUAAUGAGACCAUACCGGCUAUGCAAUUACUCAGCCUCAUGGAUGCAGGGAUGCAGUCAAGCUCAGCUUUCAAUUCUGAUGGGAAUCCUAAGUUUCUCGCCAAACCAUUCAUUCCCUGUGAUUAUCACCCAAAGGUCAGUCCAGAGGGGACAUCAAAUACCCUUGAGAAACCUCUGUCUUCCUAUGAGCCCCAGCACAAGGAGCUAUCUUGGCCAGUGGCUGGGUUAUAUAAUGAUGGCUUGAGGCACCUAUCUCCUCCUUUCUAUGGUAAAAGUCACCCCUUGAAAUCUUGUGAAUGUUCACCUGCUUUUGGUUCAUUUGCUUCUCAGUUCCAAAAUGAAGGAAGUGUUAAAAGAGGCGCUGGCUGUACUGAUCGUGUUCCUGCAGAGUCUCAAGUGCGAGGGAGAACAGCCAUGAAAAGUAAAGGCCAUGGGUUGCAUAAACCAAGAAGCAAAAAUGGUAGUCAUGAUUCUAAUCCAGUUCAGAAUAAGCGGAAAGGGUUAUACGGGUCAUCUGAGACUAUGGCCUUACAAACUAAUGCAAUUGGCAAUUUAACUAAAAGCAUUAACAUUGAAGCCAGUUGUGCGAAUGGGCCAGUUUUCUCUCAGGGAACCAUCUCUAAGAAUGAAAUCUGCAGUGUUAAUAGAAACCCAGCUGACUUCACCAUACCAGACGCAAGAAAUGUUUACAUGAUUAGCGGUGAAGAUCUGAAAUUUGGGAAGAAGGCUUCUUCUAAAGGUAGGCUUGGCUUGACUAAUGUCAAUGGGAAAAAAUGACAGAAAGUUACAGUGCUUGCAGCCACGGAGGGGGAUUCACAUCAUUUAUCAUCUCAAAACACCCCAAUGUGA